AUGCUUCGUUUCCAACUCUUGACUAUUGCGCUUCUUGCAAAUGCAUUCUAUGUGCAGGCUCGUCGAGGUGGAGGAGGCGGCGGCGACUACGACGGUGGAUCAAGCGGCGGUGGAGGAAGCAGUGACGGCGACAGUAGUGACAGUGGUCCUAGCCCAGAGGAGAAAGCACGCAGUGAUCCAUGUCGCAUGGAAGCUGGCCAUACGAGUCCAGUUUGGCUUCAUCGCUGGAUUGGCACGUACUACAAUGGAACAGUAGAAGUUUCAGUCGAGCUCGAUCGUUGUAAUGGAACCUGCAAGAAGUCAGAAAGUAAGGCCAAUUGGGAGCUGACAGGCGUACUGGCUAUACUGGAUCCUAUGCAUGCCGCUGCAGGGAAUAGUAGACCUUAUAUUCCACGCCCCAAGAAUCCCUUCAUUGGCGUGCUAUAUGGCUGGUCCAAGGACACCAACCAGUCCGAGCUCCUCGCAAAACGGGACGACACAUUCCUCCCGCCGCCCGUCAACCUCGCCAUGGAAACCGUCUCCGAUUUCCACUAUAACGAAUUUAUGUACGGGCUUGAUCCUUCCGAUACUGUGAGCCGCAGCAACCCAACCUGCAGGGUGCAGGACGUAACCAGUACGGACGACGGAUACGAAUUCGACUGCGCAUAUGAUGGACUUGGAGUCUACAGAGCAACUGACAGCAGCCAGUUCACAGCUCCAAUACACAACUCUAACGGAAGCAAUCCUCUUGUGGUAGAACCUGCAAACAACACUCUGCUCUCUGGAAGCUUUGAUCCCCAGUCAGCUGAAUUCCAAUGGAGGGGUCCCUUUCACGCAUUUGCUGGAUCAUUUGGUCAAGAUUCCAUGAGGAAGUCUUACACACCUGAACGUAACUAUAUAACCGGAGACGAAGCUGCUUAUACUGGCAAUUUCACUUGGGCGUGA